CUCCAUGGACUCAGAGACCAGCGUUUUGAACAAGGAGUACGAAGUCUUGUUGUUUCCGUCACUCACAGCUGCGAUAUUCCAAAAGACCAUCCAUGAUGGCUUCAGUUUCGGAUCUAAGAACGUUGUAUCCGUCAUUCGACCAAAACCCAACGCAGUACUUGGCAACCACCUCUCAUGGAAGAUCUGCCCGCGAUAGGCUGGUAAAGUGUAUGGGAGAUCUUUUCGUCGCAGACAGAGAGAAACACAAUAUUCCAGUGAGGGAUAUCUCGGCGGCGGGGAAAGUCGACAAAGAUAACGUCCGCAAUGACGACAAAUUGAAGAAAACUCUUGGCGACGUCCCAGCAAGCGGAACGAGUAUUAUCUCAACAGAAGACAUCUCUUCUCCUUUCAGCCCAGACGCAAGAUGUCGAUUUGUACAUUUGUGCGCGGAAACCACCGUCGGGCGCCUGGAACUGAAUAUAAGGAUGCUGCUCCGCCUGGUGACUUUCUACCAAGUCAUGCCGCAGUUCCUAGAUUUUCUUCACGUAUACGCCUCACGUCAUAGCAGGGAUAGGGAACUCCGUUUCAGCGGCUUCAGGACAGACAAAACUCUGACGGAUCCUGUUGAUGGGACCAUGAUCCCUGAACUCGGAAGGAGCGGCAGGAGGUAUCAGCUCUGCUUCAACCUCAAGACCGUAUCUCCCAAAGACGGAGGAGACUGGAAGAUUCGACAGGCUGUGUUCCAUCACCAGUUCGAUGUGGGUCAGGGCACUCAACUUUGGAUCAUUGGGGACCCUCACGCCACGCUCAAGAAACGUAUUGCAGAUCUCUUUCCAGAAUGGAAUCUCUAUCCAACGAGCUUCAGCACCGUCCAGCAGGGGUUUGCCACAUCUCUCGAAGUGAAUCUCGAAUUUGCGCAGUGGGCGACGUCGGAAUGGAGAUGGCACAUUUUGUUUCUCGAGGAAAGAGCAGAAGAGCUGACCAAACCUGCUCGCAUCAGAGAAAAAGUACAUAUCGAGAGGCUGGAGCCAGAGUCUCUGAGUGAUGUUCAGAAGUGGGAAGAAAAAACGAAUGAUACAAUCAUGGCCAUGGAAUCCAAUGUGAGCAUCAUGAGGCUCCAACAGAAGUUUUACCAGGACCUAGUCAAGGACGACAACUUCCCUCAACGAGAGCAGGAAAAGUGCCAGAAAAAUGUGGAAUGCUACGUUUCACAUCUAGAGGAGCUUAUUUGCGAGACUCAAAUGCAGAUAACGAGAGCCAGCAUCCUGGUCAAAACGGUUGGAGACAGGAAGACGAUCCUCAUUCAGCACCUUCAGACGCAGAAUGCCAUCAUAGCUUCAAAGCUCACAGCCACAAUGUACGAACAAGCCGACCGCAGUGCUGUGGAGACCAUCGCAGUUAGGAUCGUGACUAUCGUUACUUUGAUCUAUUUGCCUGCAACUUUCUCUAGCACUUUCUUCAGCACAGAUAUUAUCAAGUUCGAGAACGGCGAGGUUUUCUCGCAGGUCGCUCUGGAGCGGUUCCUCCAGGUCACGCUGCCCCUCAUGUUUCUGACGUUCUUUUCCGCCGGGCUAUGGUUCUGGAUGGAGUGGCGUAAACGCGCCCACAGAUCCCGUCGGUUCAAGAUUGAAUAUUCCGAUAUAUUCCCACAAGACGAAGAAAAAGUUUGAUGGCUAGACCAUCACUAAAGCUGAGUGUUGGUACUUUCAACAUCGACAGCAUACAGUGUAACCAGUACACGAUUUUCUUUUUUCUGUUGAACUCUCCUUGCUUAGCAAAGCAUAUACAGGUAUUAGAGUAGCAUUUUUAAGCUCGGAAUUGGCAAAUGAUCAUCAAGGGAGGGAGGAAGACAAGGAGGGAAACCAAGAUGCUGGGCAUUUGGUUCGGACAGGGCUUUCAUUCGCUUGCAAAUAUGUUAAAACACAAGACUUGAAUACCAUGGACGAGGUAUUAAGGAUACAUAUUGUUGAUUUAACAGAACCAUCUGCCAUAUCAAUAGUGUACAGCAACAACAAGCUUAGUCUCCUUGUGUGAAACACGGCAUACUCAUGCAGCACUGGGCUGAGCACAAUUGCCACGAUAAUGCAACGAGCUACGAAGGCCAUGUUCGAUAUUCAAAGAGA